AUGAAGCGAUACCGUUCUGUUUCAACAGGUAGAUAUAUAUCAGAAUCAAAGAAAAGAAGAAUCGACUGCUUUAUAGAAAACAAUGUUAGGAAGAUUGUGAAUGACCAUUCUUAUUCUUUCAGACCUGCAAGUCAGUGUGAGUAUGUCAGUGAGCCAGUGUCAUUAUUAGAAAACGAUGAUGGAAAUACUAGUAUGUCACAAAAUAAUAGUACAGAAAAUAGUAACAAUUUAUGCAGUGAUGAACUGGAAGGAGAGGAGGUGGAUUAUGACUAUGAAACAGAGACAAAUUCAAAUUGGAGGCAGGGUAGGCGAAUUGUAGAGUUGGGGUUUCUUGUGGACAAACUCUGUGAAGGAUGUGCAGUGUGCCAUUCAUCUAUACCUUUAAACAUUACAAAUAUAGUGCAUGAGAUACGUUAUGGUUUAGGCAGCUUAUUGACUAUCAGAUGUCAACUGUGUGAUGGAAUGACAGUUGUGCCAACGGCCAAAAGACAUAGGUCGCCAAAGGAAUCGCCGUGGGGAAGAAAAACGUGGGAUGUGAACACUAAGUUAGCUUUAGGUAUGCUUCACAGUGGUAUAGGAGAAAGGAAAGUAGCCAACCUAUUGUCUACACUGAACAUACCCCCUUGUUCCAAAACAACACUCAAGAAAAGAGAGAGGGAAAUAGGACAGGCUGUUGAGGAAAUUGCUCAUUCCAGUUGUUCUGAUGCUGCUGUUAGAGAAAGAGAAUUGACAGAAGAAUCUCCUGUAUCUGCAUCAUUUGAUGGUGGCUGGCAAAAACGGGGAUCAGGGAAAUCUUACAGUAGUCUUUCUGGUCAUGCUUCUUUCAUUGGAAAGAAAACUGGGAAAUGCAUUGCGUUUUCAACUAGGAAUAAAUACUGCCGAAAGUGUGACCUUGCAACAAAGAAGGGAUGCAGUGCGGAAGACCAUGGUUGUAGAAAGAACUGGGAAGGUAGUUCAAAGGCUAUUGAAGCAGAUAUGUGUAUUUCCAUGUUGAAAAAUCUGGAAAGAAACGAUGUAAGUGUUGGAACAAUUAUAAUGGACAACGACUCAACAACGAUUUCCAGAGCCCGUGCAGAAGUGAAGCCUGAUCUAUAAAAGCAAUGUGACAGAAAUCACCUGCUCAAGGACUUUACCAAUAAACUAUAUGAUCUCAGGAAAGCAAAGAAUUUCAAGGAGCUCACACCAAAAACAAUUUCACACUUAUCGAAAUGUUUUCGAUACUGUGUAUCACAACAUCAGGAAGAUGCGGAUGAAAUGAAGAAAAAUUUAUUGGCACUGGGUAAACAUGUAUUUGGAGACCAUUCUUAUUGUGGUUCAUGGUGUGGAUAUUUGCAGAACCCACUAAAGUACAAACCCAAAAACCUUCCCUACAGCAGGUACCUUUGUGAUGAAAAUUUAAAGACAUCCGUUAUGGAUUUGCUGAACAAAUACGCA